UUAACUCACAGUCAAUCGUCAUUGUGUGCAGUGGCAGAAUAAUAGCGCGUGAAAGCAGAAAAGAGCUCGUCAGAGAUAACAAAUAGUUCUUAUAGUAUAUUCAAAACGCCAGAUGUAUGAGAGAACGCGUUUGUAUAAGAUUGGAGCAGAAAGGAGAAGGUCGGACGCGAAGCAGGCAGGGCUGGGCUCACGCGUAGGGUCGCGUGUAUGACUAAGCCAAUCACGUGGAGCCAACAAUGUGUUGAAAGCGAGAGCUAAGCGGAGAUAAACCAGCAACUUAAAAUUGCCGACGCUGAUUCUUUGUUCGAUACUCACUCGCAGCCCAUGGAUUCAGCCAGCUCGCCGCCGGGCGAUAAAGAGGCUGCGUCGAGCAGUUCUCAGAAGACGACGAGGAAGACGUCGGUGGGGUCUGACCGGAGCGUGCGGUUCUCAGAUGCGGUGCUGGAGAAAGGAGACUUUUGUGGAAGAAAAACAGGUUAUGCAAAGUAUUCCAGAGGAUUCAAGUAGUGGAACAGCGCAUGGGAAAGCACCGGUCGACGAUAGCAGUGCUCGAGAGAAGUUUUAUGGGUCUCGACACUUGUCAUUGAUGAAACCUGCAAAGCAACAAAGUGGCUCACUCAAGAUCAUGUCGGAAAACAGCAUGAGACACUCCUUUGUGGAGGAAGCAGAAGAGUCCGAACCAGUUUCUCCGCUUACGAUGCCGAAGCCAUCGCCAUUUUCAGCUACGCGAGGACGAAACAGAAGUCAGUCAACACCGCCCCAGUAUAUUCGCACAAACUCAGAGCCACCGAUACCGUCGGCAUUCAAGCGGAUAGGAUCUUUUGCCGCGGACGGGACACGACGGAAGCGAAGGCCGACGGUGAGCCAGGCUGGUGCUGCUGUUAUUGGUGGGAUAACAGAGGUUGUUCCACAUCCUGGAGUGAUGGCGGCUGCGUUUGCGUCUGUUGCGGUCGCUCCUUCUCCUACAGAGGUCAUUCUUCGAAAAAGCACGGUUGGCGACGUCUCUCUGGUUUUAAGUACAGCAUCGGCGUCUGAAAUCAAAGUCAGGCCGCGACAUACCAAGAUUCUUGUGGCCACUUAUCUCAAGCAUGCGUGGGGAUUUGUCACCACAGUCAAAGGGUUUUUCAUCACUGUCUACCUAUGCCUUGUGAUUGCGUUUGGAGGAAUGCUCUUUUUAAUCUUGAUUGGAGCGGCCCCGGCUAUGAAUCGGCAUGAUAGCCCGACAAGUAACGACACGCCUGGCAAGCGGUGGAUUGAGAUCGAUUCGCAGGUUCUAAAUGCCUUGUUCUGUGUUACUGGCUUUGGUCUGAUGCCCCAACGCACGAAGCAUUUGUACUUUCUUAUCAAAGGACAGAUUAAGGGCACCGAAGCAACAGAUCGUCAACUUAUGAAACGGUAUAUCUGGUACGUUCCGGGGAGAAAUUGGGCCCAGUUGGCUGCGGUUCUGUACCUAUAUGAGCUGAAUUCUAUAUUCCAAGUCGUUAUGGCUGCCGGAAUGUGGGCAUACAAUCGACACAACAGACCGGCAUGGUUGACGGGUAUGACCAUGGGUCUCGGAUUUGGAUCUUCGAUUGUAGGUGGAAUAAUAGCGGGUUUAGAGGAGCGCAAGAUUCGAAAAGAGGCAAAGGCGAUGGGGGAGGAUCCCGAGUUGGGACGGGUCGAGUCUGAUGAGGAGAUUGUAUUACCUUCUACGAAGGUAUCUUCUACGAAGGAGGAAGAAACUGCUGGCAAGUGAUGUUGUUGGAUCAAGUGAUAUUGUUUUUGGAGCAUCUUUUUGUAAAAUCAGGCGUCUGUUUUGGUGUUUUUGAGUGAUUGCAGCAUUGUUUGUGCUUAUUCUGUCUUGUUUUACUGAGCUCGAGGAGAGCAGUGGUCAAGUGGCGUUCAAACCUUAAUCCGACUCCUGCAUAACCG